AUGACCACCGAAUACACGAGAAAUGAAGUGGCGCGUCAUUGUACUGCCGAUGAUUUAUGGAUUAUUUUUGAUGGAAAGGUUCAUAAUAUGACACCCUACUUCGAAUUUCAUCCUGGAGGCAGUGCUAUGUUACGACAAGCGGGCAAGGAUGCUUCAGCUGCGAUGCGACUCGUACAUAUGCAUGGAAUAUCGUGGUCGGCGAUUGAGAAGAAACUUGAAGAAUGUAAAAUUGGAGUCCUUAAACAGUAA